AUGGAAAGACCUUCGAAACGAAUGAAAACAGCCAAACCCGGAAUACGAAAUCCUCGUGACACGGGGUCCAGAAUGACCGAAGGACUCUUCACUUCAGAACUCGGUAUACGAGGCGACCCAGACAAUGACAUUCAGCCAACUCGGACCAUCAGUCUGUCCGACUUUCAGAGACGAAACAUUUUCGGCGAAUAUCAGCGGGUCCGACGACCGGUGUUGCCCCGACGAAAUGCUGGAAUAUACCUUCUUCCCCGAGAUCCAGAUGCGACCAUCACGGCCAGUGUCAUCGAGAUCAAUGUGAACGACGGGACGUCCACGUCGAAGGUCACGGAGGUACCUGCUGCGACCUCUGGAACCGUCGUUUCUUUGUCCGAUAUGGGAUCGUUGACCGUACCAGGAAUCACGGACACCACUAGCGGAGCGGAUGGAAGCACGACCAGUUCGUCUCCAGAGAUAAUGACUCCUCCACCGACCCCGUCGCCAUCCGUUGAUUCGACAAUUACUCCUACCGCAGAUCCAAGUCCAGCUGGCUCCAUCCUCUCGGAGGCCUUCAACAGCACCGCGACCCUGCCGGACAUGACACUCACCGAGGGGCAUACGGUCACAGUCACCGCCACAUCCACCUUUGAAAUAUCCUUGAUUAAUGGCACGGUCGUCGCCAUCGGAACUUCAUCCAAGGACGCCACCGCCAGAACGGCCAGCACCAGGAGCGCCGCGACCACCCGGAGUCAUCAUUCUGACACCUUUACUUUUGGCCAAGCCACGGCGACUUCAUCCCUCCUGACCGAGGGUUCUGCUGCAUCUGGUUAUACCGGAGCUUCUGCAUCUGGCGUGAUUCCGGGCAUUGCGGUGACAGGCGCCGCCGGAUCCCCCACAGCCUCUUCGGGGUCUGCAGCUACCUCUGAUUCCGACUCGGGCUCGGGAGGCGGAGAUGGAGGCGGAAGUGGACCGGGAUUGACGCCCACACAGCAACAAGUGGUCGGAGGCGUGGUCGGAGGCGUGGCGGGUGUCGCGUUGAUGCUGGCAAUUAUACUGGUGGUUCUUCGAUGGUAUCGCCGUCGGCUCAAAGAACGUGGUCAACUUCCUGAACAAAUUGCCGCCAGGGAGCUUGCUAGUGGGAGUGGUCCAGGAGCCUCUCAGGCCAUGUCUCAACGGUCUUCAACUACUCCCUUGGCGGCCGCGGUCGCUUCUAGCCUCAAACGCCUCAGGCCGCAGAGCAAUCAGACUCUAGCCACCAACACCACGGGCUUGACCGAUCCCAGUGUCAAAGAAGCAGAACGAGGCUUUCAACGCAUCGCCGGCCGAAAGAUUGCUCCAGUACUGAGCAAUGGAGGGGACCCGUAUGGCGGAAAUUAUGGGGCAUUUGAGAAGGAAUCUUUGGCCGGCCCUUCAGAUCCAUCAAGCAACCAGGAGAGAGGUCUUUCAGGGGCUUCAUUCUAUCGGGACAGUCAGGGCUUCUAUGGCGGGAAGGGAAAUCAGUCACCGACACUCCCGCCUUCUCCAACCACCGCCACGACCGGGACGAGAACUGGAGACAUGACCACCACUGCAGGGACGACAUCCAGUGCCAGAGACUUCGUUGAGCCAAUUACCCCCAUGGCCCGGAAUAGCAGCCAGAUUUCCUUGACCAUGCCUAGCCGUCCCGAAGGUUACGCCGUGAUGCGACCCAGUCCAGCUCGAACGCCGGUCACAUUAAGUCCUGCUGCAAGUUCGAUUCGAUUGCCUAUCCAACAGCCUCCAACCAUGGAUGAGAACGCCCCUCCACUACCGACGGCUGGUCUUCCAGUCCCAGGAUUGAGGGAUGGGGUCGGAAGAAGCCUCGCAAGUCAGGAUGGCAGCCGUGUGAGUCGGAGUAGCGGCCUCAGUACGGGCAGGUUUAUGGAGAAUAUGUGA